AAAGCUUCCAGGAAAUGUCCCAGUCAUCGCUUCCCCUCCCGGGCUGGGGGCUGGGAGCGGGCGGUCCCCUUCGCCCCGGGCUGCUCCGCCUGCGCUCGGGCUGGGCCACAGCAGAGCUGGAAGAGCUGAGCCCAGACUCCCAGCUUCCCUCGGCCGAGCGCCGGCUCGGUGCCCGCUGCGCCUUCCCUGAGCCCUGGCCCCUCGCUCAGCAAUGAGGGUCCUGAGCGCGCGCUCUCGGGUGCUGCUGGCAUGUCUCGCCUUGGUGCUGCCUGCCUCGGAGACAAACUUUUUGUCAAAAGAACGUGCCUCCCAAGUCCUGUUGAGGAAGCGCCGAGCAAACACCUUGCUUGAGGAAACGAAAAAGGGCAACCUUGAAAGAGAAUGCAUUGAAGAACUCUGCAAUAAAGAGGAAGCCAGGGAAGUCUUCGAAAAUAAUCCGGAAACGGAUUACUUUUAUCCAAAAUAUUUGGCUUGCCUGGGCACCUUCCGCGCUGGCGCCUUCAGUGCUGCGCGGCAGUCAACUAAUGCUUACCCUGAUCUCAGGAGCUGCGUCAAUGCCAUCCCAGACCAAUGUGAUCCCAUGCCAUGCAACGAAGACGGGUUUCUGAGCUGCAAAGAUGGCCAGGCAGCUUUCACGUGCAUCUGUAAACCAGGAUGGCAGGGAGACAAGUGUCAGUUUGAUGUAAAUGAAUGUAAGGACCCCUUAAACAUAAAUGGAGGCUGCAGCCAGAUUUGCGAGAACACUCCCGGAAGUUACCACUGCUCUUGCAGAAGUGGCUUUGCAAUGUUUUCUAAUAAAAAAGACUGCAAAGAUCUGGAUGAGUGUUCUCUGAAGCCGAGUGUCUGCGGCACAGCUGUGUGCAAGAACAUCCCAGGAGACUUUGAAUGUGAAUGUCCUGAGGGCUACAGAUAUGAUCCCUCAUCAAAGUCUUGUAAAGAUGUGGAUGAAUGCUCUGAGAACAUGUGUGCUCAACUGUGUGUCAACUACCCUGGUGGCUACUCUUGUUACUGUGAUGGGAAGAAAGGAUUCAGACUUGCCCAGGAUCAGAAGAGCUGUGAGGGCAUUCCAGUGUGCCUUCCUUUGAACCUUGAUAAAAAUUAUGAAUUAUUAUACUUGGCUGAGCAGUUUGCAGGAGUUGUCUUAUAUCUGAAAUUUCGUUUGCCAGAAGUCACCAGAUUUUCAGCUGAAUUUGAUUUUCGGACAUAUGAUUCAGAGGGCAUCAUACUGUAUGCAGAGUCUCUCGAUCACUCAAAUUGGCUCCUGAUCGCACUUCGUGAUGGAAAGAUUGAAGUUCAGUUUAAGAAUGAGUUUUCAACCCAAAUCACAACUGGAGGCAUUGUUAUCAACGAUGGUUUAUGGAAUGCGGUGUCGGUGGAAGAAUUAGACGACAGUGUUAGCAUUAAAAUAGCCAAAGAAGCUGUGAUGAACAUAAAUAAACUUGGGAGUCUUUUUAAACCUACAGAUGGAUUUAUGGACACCAAAAUAUACUUUGCAGGAUUACCUCGGAAAGUGGAAAGUGCGCUCAUUAAACCGAUUAAUCCUCGUCUGGAUGGAUGUAUACGAGGCUGGAAUUUGAUGAAACAAGGAGCUUUAGGUGCAAAAGAAAUUAUUCGAGGGAAACAGAACAAGCACUGCUUCCUCACAGUGGAGAAGGGCUCCUACUACCCUGGUUCUGGAAUUGCUCAGUUCAACAUAGAUUAUAAUAAUGUAACCAAUGCAGAGGGUUGGCAAAUAAAUAUGACCUUGAAUAUCCGUCCAUCCACUGGCACUGGAAUUAUGCUUGCCUUGGUUUCUGGAGACACAGUGCCCUUUGCCUUGUCCUUGUUGGACUCCAGCUCUGAAAAUUCUCAGGAUAUUCUGGUAUUUGUUGAAAAUUCAGUGGUGGCUCGAAUAGAGGCCGUACCUCUGUGCUCUGAUCAGCAAUCCCAGCUAAACUGCAAUGUCAACAGAAAUGGCCUAGAACUGUGGACCACACUUAGGAAAGAUGCCAUCUAUUCUAAAGAUCUCCAAGGAAAGCUUGCCAUCUUGGACAAUGCAAUCAAAGGAAACGUGGCCACUUACUUGGGUGGCAUUCCAGAUAUUUCCUUCAGUGCCACACCACUGAACGCCUUUUACAGUGGCUGCAUGGAGGUGAACAUCAACGGUGUGCAACUGGAUCUGGAUGAAGCCGUUUCUAAACACAAUGACAUUAGAGCUCACUCGUGUCCGUCAGUUAGGAAGAUUCAGAAUAAUGUCUGAAGUCUGUUUUCUGAGCUUAUAAUAUCCCUUCCCUUGUAAUUAUGCUCCUGUCUCUAUCACCAGCUGGCAGGUGUUACCUGUGAUGUGCAAUGUUUGAAAUUAUGUGGUACCUUGUCCCUCAGAUCUUUGUUAUAUGAAUCAUGUUUUAAAAAGUCUUGCUUCUGUUGUAGUCUAGAAGUUAAAUAAUGAAGCACAUGAGAUCUUUAAAUUUCAGUUUAUUUGCUAUAAAUCACACUGAUUUAGUUUAUUACUUUAAAUGUAAGAUUUCACUGUCUUUGAAGUAGCAUUUAAAUUUCCAUUUUUUCUCAGAAGUGUAUCAGUUAAACCCCAACAAAGGCUUGUGUGGCUAAAUACUAACAGCUGCAGAUAGACACUGUGUUUUUUUUUUUGUUGCUCCCCACCCCACCAUUAUGACAGCAGCAGAGCUGAUAACAUUCUGGGUUGACUAUAACGUCUCAAAGCUUUACACCAAAGUAUUUCCUUGGAGAGGGAAGCAGCUUGCUCAGGCUUCAUAUUUCUUCCUCCUAGCUUUACACUUGGAUCAACACCAUCAGUGAAGUAGAGAACAAGAACAGAUUUUCAUGGGGACAGCAGCCCUUGGGAUGCUGCCCCCAAGGCCUUGAUUUCUAUCAAAGACAUCAGGUUAAGCUGGAAGGGGUGUGGACAGUGGUUGGACAUGUCUCCCAAACUUGACCACCUCAGGGCUGAAUCAGAAAGGCAGCAAUCCUUAGUGGUGGGGAGGAGAGUCAACACGCAGAGAAAUUAUUAAAUUUCUGGUGCUCUGGGUUUUAAUUACAUUAGAUGACUUGAAUGUGAUUGUUGAAGUUGAAAAUGUGAUGAGAAGUCAAGUAGGUUUUUUAACAAAAAGAUGAUGAUAAUGGGAAUGCUGGAAAUUGUUAUGUUCUAUCUCUGUAAUGAAAGAAGCAUGGAGGAAAGGUUAUUAAGCAUUUGCUGGUAAUGCAUUGCAAGGGACAGGCUGUUUUGUUGUUCCUGAAUUGAUCAUUUCAGGUGUGCAUCAGACAUUUUGUUGCCAUCUGAGAAAUUACAUUUUAUUUUAUUGUAGAUAUUUUACACCACAUGAAAAAUAAUAAAAAUUAUAUGUAUUUUUAAAGUA